AUGCAUUAAAAACCUCAAUCACACACAAUAGCCGACCUCUCUCGCACUCUCUCUCUUUCUCUUCACAUUCCCAAGCGACGUGUGGUUCUCUCUCUCUCUCUGCAAUUCUUCGCGUCUCAUCCGCUUCGAUUAUUCCCUUUCGAUCCACUUCAUCACUUUAUAACAUUUUGCACUCUAUCGAAGACAACAAUGAGUGACCAGGGGGAUAAGACAUGUCCUCUCUGUGCUGAGGAUAUGGAUUUGACAGAUCAGCAGUUGAAGCCAUGCAAGUGUGGCUAUGAGAUAUGUGUCUGGUGCUGGCAUCACAUUAUGGAUAUGGCUGAGAAGGAGAAUACAGAAGGGAGGUGUCCAGCAUGUCGCACUCCUUAUAACAAGGAAAAGAUUGUUGGCAUGGCAGCAAAAUGUGAUAAGGUAGUGGCUGAGAUGAGCACUGAGAAAAGGUUGUCUUCUCGCAAGGGAAAAAGCAAAGCAGCAGAUUCUAGGAAGCAACUUAGCAGUGUUCGUGUCAUUCAAAGAAAUCUUGUUUACAUUGUGGGGUUGCCUCUCAGUCUAGCUGAUGAAGAUCUUCUACAGAGGAAAGAGUAUUUUUCUCAGUAUGGGAAGGUCAUGAAGGUGUCUAUAUCUCGUACAGCUGCUGGCACUAUUCAACAUUUUGCAAAUGAUACAUGUAGUGUAUAUAUUACCUAUUCAAAGGAGGAGGAAGCAAUUAUGUGUAUUCAAUCUGUACAUGGGUUUGUUUUGGAUGGUAGACCUCUAAGAGCUUGCUUCGGAACCACAAAAUACUGUCAUGCUUGGUUGAGAAAUGUGCCCUGUACCAAUCCUGAUUGCUUAUACUUGCAUGAGAUUGGGUCGCAAGAGGAUAGCUUUACUAAAGACGAAAUCAUAACAGCUUACACAAGAAGGAGUAGAGUUCAACAAAUUGCUGGUGCGAUUAAUAGCAUGCAACAGCGAUCAGGGAGUGUGUUACCACCGCCAGCAGAGGAGUACUACAGUAACAACUCUGCCUCUACAGACAAACCUAUUAGCAAAAAUGCUGCAACUAAUUCCGCACAGAGUGUUAAAGGCUCCGUCUCCCCACCAAAUAGUAGCUCUGGUAGAUCUGCAGCUCUCCCUGCUGGAGCUUUAUGGGGGACACGUGCAUCAAAUCAACACCCACCUGGCAGGGUACCAUGUUCCAAUGGACCUCUUAAUAAGAAACCUCAGAUGUGUAACCGAACUGUAUUUUCUACAGCUGUUGAAAGCACAAGUCAGGUUCCAUUAUUGCCGCCCCAGGCAGGAAAGGAAGUAGUUCAUACUGAAGAAAGUGGUUCUACUCAAGAGAAAGGGAAAAUAGAGACUUUAGAACCUGUUAAGACGCAUGCAGGAGCAGAUCGUCAAACCCAUACUUCUGAAGAUCUCGCUAUUCCGGUACCUCGUGCUUCGUCAUCUAUGAACAAUCAGCUACAUAGUACUCCGUCUCUGUCUUUGAACAACAAAGAUAAGCAUAUGAUACCAACCAGUAGUACAAAUGCCGUCAAUAUUUCUGUGAUGUCUAAUGGACCUGGUUUUACCAAAGAUUCCAAUGAUGUCACAGAGGUUAAGAUCCAGAGUGUAUGCCGUGAUAUGUCAUCAUUGAGCAUUGGUAGACAUCAAAAAUCACAUUGCAUCUUCAUUGAUCAAAAUAAGGGGCCCUUGCCAUCUGAAUUGACAGGGGAAUAUGCGACUUCUGCUCAUGAGAUUUCUAUCUCAAGAGAGAAGUCUGACUUGAAACUGGAUAUGCAGAGCAAUCAAGUUGCUACUCCUGAAAUGGAGGAUGAUUUGCUAAUUUUUAAUGAGCAGAGACAUAGGGAUCCCGAAGUAACUAUCGAAAAAGUCUAUUCACCGAAUCUUUCCAUUUCUUUACACUCCCCAGCUCAGCCUGGUGGGCAUUCUCCUCAGCUGACUAAUGGUGGUGGACCUAUUUGCGCCAAUAUGCAGUUAGACAGGACAACUGAUUCAGUAUCACAGCCUUCUCAUGUUGAAUCAUUGACUAAUGAAUACCUGGAGAAUGUAUCGAAUUGUGGGGCUGAUUCGCAAACUAUCAAUAGUAGUUAUUAUAGGUUGCCUGACGAGGGUAAGAGGAUUCAUGUGGAAAACUUUCAAGAUGAAGCUCCUAGUAAGAAAAGUAGUACUGAUUUUGAUAUUGGAGAGAGCAGUAUAAUAUCUAAUAUGUUGUCCCUGGAUUUUGAUCCUUGGAAUGAGUCAUUAACUUCUCCUCAGAACCUUGCCAAGUUGUUGGGAGAAACUGAUGAGAAACAAGGGUCUCUUAGAGUGUCAAGCUCAAGAAAAUUAACCAGUAACCAAUCGAGAUUCUCUUUUGCAAGAGAAGAACCAACCAAUCCAUCAGCUGAUUAUCAACCACUAAAUUACAUUGAGCAAAGAUUUAAUCAUUAUCAUAAUGUUCAUGAUAUUCCUAAUAGCAGAAAUUAUCAACUUGAUAAUAUUGGUGCUCGUGAUGAUUUCUCCGUAGCUAAUAAUGAUGGAACAGUUGGUUUUGGCAACAUCUUUUCUCAUCUAUCUUCUAAUAAGCUAUCAGUGUCCAGACCUCAGAUGUCAGCACCUCCGGGGUUCUCAGCGCCAAACAGAUCACCCCCUCCGGGCUUUACAGAACAUUAUGAGCGAAUGGAGCAGAAUUUUGAUUCUCUUCGUGGGAGUCACUUGUGUGAUACUUUCUCGUUGCACAAUCUGCAUGAGGCUCCACAAGUUGGAAAUGCGAGUAAUGGAGACUUUGAGUUUAUGGAUCCUGCUAUUCUGGCAGUUGGUAAAGGGCUUCCCAAUGGCCUUGAUCUCUCAAGCUUGGACAUAUUUUCAAGGUGUCCACCAUUAUCAAAUACUUCCGAAAAUGAGGGAAGGCUUCAGUUACUGAUGCAAAAAUCUCUAACACCGCAUCAGAACCAGAGUUUUGCAGAUAUGGGGGACAUGUUUUCUCCAUUCGGUGAUGCUUAUGGAAUUUCUUCCAGGGUUUUGGCGCAAACUCUGGCCAACAAUCAACCCCCUUUUGAUGGAAUUUCUUCCAGGGUUCUGGAGCAUACUCUGGCUAACCAUCAAUCUCCAUUUUCACAGCUCACUCUUCCCCAGAGUAGGAGCUCUGUUGCCAUGUCAAAUGGCCACUGGGACAGCUGGAAUGGGGUUCAGAGCGGAAACAGUUUGGGUGUAGCGGAACUCCUCCGAACAGAAAAUCUGGGCUAUAACAAGUUCCUUACAGGCUAUGAGGAAUCAAAGAUCCAUAUGCCCAAUUCUGGCAAUUUGUAUAAUAGAACAUUUGGGAUGUAAUUUUGGAUCGCUGGUUCUUUUGAGCUGACUAGCUUUCGAAGAAUCAAUGAAGCAGAAUGAUCGUGUGACUUAACUUAUUUGAUCUUAAGAUUUUCAAAUGGCUAAGAAGACAUGAGGAAACACAAGUCUUGCUCUCUGCAUGGUGAGGUUGGUUCAUGCCUCUGCAUGAAGUUGGCUUUCAGAUUGGUGAAGGAACAAACCCCCUAAAAUAGGGUAUCCAGAAACCAACAGGUUAGCGCUUCCCAACCAAGUCUACCAACUUCCUUUGGUAUACGUUUUACCAAGUGUUAAGGUUAAGGUUGCAAGAACACAGUUUAGGCGGCAUUGCUGCAGUACAUUGAAUGUUGGCAUUGCUGCAGUACAUUGAAUAUUCUUGUCAAUCUUGGUUGAUACUUUUAUCGUGAAAUUUCCUUGCCCAACGCUGUACUGAAGUAACCGAUAUCAAGUUUAGAAAGAUGCUUAACGGUUUGCUCUCUUCUUUAUAGUUCCUAGAGCCAUGUAUAUUUGGUUUUACGUUUGAAAGAUCAAUUCAUUUUUCUCCCGUUCCUUGAACCGACACGUGGCCCAGAAUUAUUGCUUUCUGACAUUUUGACGAGUAAUAUCUGUUUAGUAUGUGUUUUAAUAAACAUUGAUACCUGCUUUGGCUUGUGAUGAUUUUGCCAGUUGAAAGCUGAGAUUCAGGCUCAACAUGGUGGUUUAGAUAGAGCUUCAUGCUUGGCUGAAUCGGUUGGUGAUUCUCCUGUCAGUGUUCUUGGAUGUGGGUGGAGAAUCAGGUCAUAUUAUUUACACACGAGAACAAAAUAUUAAACAUGGCUCAUUUUUGUCUAAAGCAAUAAGGCUGAGCUUGUUUGUGACUCUGCGGGAUUGUAAGUACAAUUGGGAAGAGGUAAAAGGUUGAAAUCUGUUUUAUGUUUGCUCUUUUCCCUAAUUAUUUUGGUAACGGGGGUGGAUAAGAUUACUAGUGCAUUUGACCAGAUGUCUCAUUUUCUGAUGAAGAUGGGAAAUGCUUGUUCUUCUCAUUAUCUCCUUGAAGGGAAACUUGUUACGAUUGAUGUAUUUUAGGUCCUUAUUACGUUUUCUGUGAGUUCCAAAGGAUGGCUGGGACUUUGAGUUCUGCGCCUUCUAUUGUCUCCUUUAGAGGUUCUAAAGGAGAGCAAUGUGAAGAGGUGCCUAAAGAAGGAAUGUAUGACCUAUGUUGCGACAUGCCUUGGUGUUUAUUUCAAAGAGAUCUAUUUUCCUCCCUGGAUUUGUGCACUUUUUGAACUUCAGACUCAAGUGGAGAAAGAAGGCCAGGCCCUUGAAAUGUUUGAACCUCGGUGGGUUCCUGCCUAAUAAUAGCUGCACCCCCCUCCCUGGUCAAACCUACUUUGUUUAAAGCCAAAUAAGUAUUAAAGGGACCAGCUUUUGACUCUCAUGCACACACCAAUUAUCUUUUGCGGCAUUAAUUUUCCUUUAUAUUUGCUAGUUUUUUUAUCUUAUUCAAAUUUUGCGGUGUUUCUUUUAUUAAAAAUAUAUUUCUCUUUUUGUUUC